GCACGUCCAGCCGCCCAAAGCACGGGGUGGGGGUGCGAGGAGUGGAGUCCUAAUCCCAGCCCACUCCUCGCCGCCCCCGCGCCCCCAAGGCCUUCCUCCUACCUUGGGAACAGCCUUCUUCAGUAAGACCACCUUUCUCCUGCUGCAGCUGACAAACAUCACAUGUGAGCAUUUCCAUAUACAUGGAAAGAAAGAGAAAAAGGAAACCAGGAAUCUCUGUUAUUUUAAAGGUUUGCAAGCUUGCUGUGCUUACAUCAGAAACAACCCAGAAAAACCCCAUAAGUGGCACAGGUCGGUACUGACUGCCGUCAAGGAAGCGUGGGAAGCCAGUGGCCAGUGGCUGGGGAGGGCCUGGAAGCUGAUGUGUGCACAGGAGAUCCUACUGACCCUAUCGAGGCCCUGGCAGUUCAACAUUUCCAGCCAUACUGAAGAAAGGAAGAGUGUGAAGCAGAGGCCAGCUGUGUCUCACCCUUACUCCCAGCCUUUGCCUUGUGGUCACUGCUGGGGUCAGCCACCCAACACCUGUGCUGGAGGACCAGCUCCCUUGAGCUUAUCGGAGCAACAGGCAAGGCACAGCCCAGGCACGGACACGGAGGUGGUGCUUUGCUUCUACCCUUGGGUGGAGAGAGCUGAUCCUGGGACCACCGUUCCUGUUUACCUGCCCCAUCCCAGAGCUCAAGAUCUUGAAGCCCCUCUUUCCGGCAUCCCUGUACUCAGCCAGAACUCUGCACAGGACAGUCAAGGGAUCUGGCCAAAGAUAAGCCUUUCUUGCUGUUUAUGCAUCUCAUCCUCAUGGGACCAGUUGUCAGUGAUCCUGAUAAUCUUUGCCCUGAUCUCUGUCACCUAUGGGGCUACCCUCUGCAACAUGCUGGCCAUCCAGAUCAAGUAUGAUGACUACAAGGUCGAUGUACAUGUCACGGAGGUCAUCUGUGUCACCAUCUGGAGGAGCUUGGAGAUCACCUCCCGCCUGAUUAUUCUGGUGCUUUUUGUGGCCACCUUGAAAAUUAAGGCGUUGCCCUUCUUUCUGAUUAAUUUCAUAAUCAUCCUCUUUGAGCCAUGGGUCAGGUUCUGGAAGAGUGGUGCCCAGAUGCCCAACAAUAUUGAGAAGAACUUUAGCCGCGUGGGCACCUUGGUGGUGCUCAUCUCGAUCACCGUGCUCUACUCGGCCAUCAACUUCUCCUGCUGGCCAGCGAUGCAGUUGAGGUUGGCCGAGCGGGACCUGGUGGAAAAAACUCAGAACUGGAGUCACAUGGCUGUGCACUAUACUGUGAGGCUGCUGGAGAACAUCAGCAUGGUGCUGGUGUUCCGCUUUCUGGGGACCAAGAUCUUGAUCAAUUACUGCCACACCUUCGUCGCCGUGCAGCUCAUUGUGGCCUACCUGAUCUCCAUUGCCUUCAUGCUGCUCUUCUAUCAGUACCUGCACCCGCUUCGCUCACUCUUUUCCUACAAUGUAGUCGAUUACCUGCACUGUGUCUGUUGCCCCUGGGCCUCCCGGGCCAGGUCACGGAAUCUAGAGUCAACCAGUCAGUUGAGGCACAGCAUCGUCUGAUGCUUCCCCAACUGGGUCUUUGGGGAGGGGGGGGGAUUGCCAAGAGGAAAUCUACAACUCAAAGUAUGAGGAUGAUCCACCUAGAAAAGCAGUCACCUGACCAUUGGGGUAGGAGUCUGGGCCCUCAAGCUGUGAGAAGCUCCCAGUUCACAGGGUCCAGACCACAGAAGAAGGGCUAUACCUAGCUCUCAUCUCCCCCCCCAUAUACCCACACACAUGUCCCCUCGAGAGUGUACAUACAUAUACCCACACCCGCACACAUACCACUGGGAGCCAUCUGGAACCUCCCAGCACAGAUGGGAUGACUAUGCUUCCAGGGCUGAGCUGCUACACUAUAUUUUAGUGACCAGUGAAGGCCCAUCAUUAGCAAAAGCCCAUAAGGAACCACCUACCCUAGAGCUGACAAGCUUCAGGAGAAGGGUCCCAGGACCCGCAGAUUUUUCCUGAGCAGUCCAGGAGAGUCUGUCCUCUGCCACACCCAGUUUGACUUGUGGCCCUUCAGGCCUAAGCUAUCCUCUCAGCAUAUCCUCCACAGGACUUUCCUUCAUGGGCCACCUAUUGCCCCCCCCCACCCCAAUCAUCAUAAAUCCCUCCAAGCCAGCUUUUACUCUCACAACCCAGCUGUUUUCUUAGUGUCUGAUUAUAAAUUAUGUUUCAACAAUGCUGA